AGAUUACACACUAACACAAAGAGAGAGAGAGAUUGAAGGUAGGAAGGAUGGCUUGUGUAGCUGUAGUAUCUCUUGUGAGGACACUGGAGCUGGAGUUCUUGCAACCCCAUCCCCGCCCAAUUGUACUAGAAAAUGAACUCAUCUCCAGAAACAAAAAGUUGAUCCAAUAUCUCUGCUCAAAGCUUGAAUUUUUGAUGGAGCAGUUGGAUGAGAAGAGAAUGGAUGGUGCUGAAGCAAUUAAACAUUUGGAAACAAAGCUCAAAGAUGUAGCUUUCAGAGUACAAGAUGAAGUUGAACUCCAUGUAGUAGAUCUUUAUGUUCAGCCUUGUCUCGGCCUUCGUCAUACUUUGCAACAAGCAAUAAAAGACAUCCAUGACAUAGAGGAAGAGUGGGUAAAACUCAAGAAUGAGUACAGAUACAUCAUGGAUCUGCAAGGUAGAAAGAUCCAACUCAAUGUUUUACCAAAAUCUGACCAAGUCAUCAUGAUGGGUGGUGCUUCUUCCCAGCAUGCUUCACACUCUGAGGACAUAAUGGUUGGGAAAAACAAUGAGUUCAAGACUAUAAAGGAGAUGCUAAUCCAACAUCCAUCUAAGCAACAAGAAGUUGUAUCAAUUAAAGGUAUGGGAGGUAUUGGAAAGACUACUUUAGCUCGACGAGUUUAUGAAGAUUCAUCAAUUGCCUUACACUUUGACCAUCAAGCAUGGAUUGUUGCAUCACAACAUUAUAAUAAGAGACAAAUGCUGGAAGAUCUUCUUAAUUUGAAGGGCAAUGCAGAAAGCGAUAGUGAUGAGGAGCUAGCAUUACGAAUCUACCAAGGUUUGAAGGGCCAAAGGUAUUUGAUUGUGAUGGAUGACGUAUGGAGUAAAGAGGCAUGGGAUGCUAUCAAGGCUUGCUUUCCCGAUGACAAAAAUGGUAGUAGAGUAUUGUUAACUACUCGCCUUGCAGAAGUAGCUAAUUAUACUUGCUCUAGCAGUGCUUUUUCUCUUCAAGUGCGCUUGUUAGAUCAAAGUGAAAGUUGGAAUUUAUUUUGUCAGAAGACAUGCAAAGUUCACAGUGGUGAAUUUGAGACGAUUGGGAGACGAAUUGUUGAAAAAUGCAAAGGACUACCUUUGGCAAUUGUUGUGGUUGCUGGUCUAUUUUCCAAACUCAACACACUAAAUGAGUGGGAGAAUAUUGCUAAAGCUUUGAAUUCAUGUGAAACCGCAACUAUUGCAAGAGCAUGCUCAAGAAUACUCUCAUUGAGUUACAAUCAUUUGUCUUACAAUUUGAAAGCUUGUUUUUUAUAUUUAGGAGUUUUUCCAGAAGAUGAAGAGAUCUAUACUAACAAUCUUGCAAGCUUAUGGGUUGCCGAAGGACUAGUAAAGACAUUUGAGAAUGAGAGUUUUGAAGUAGUGGCUCAAAGGCACAUACAAGAACUUGUGGAUAGAAACCUAAUUCUUGUAAGCAAGCAAAGUUCCAGUGGGAAAAAAGUUAAAACAUUUAGAAUACAUGAUCUGCUGCAUGCCUUUUGCGUGAGAGAAGCUCAAAACGAGAAUCUUUUGAAGAUUGUUGGUAAAAAAUGCUUUAAUUUUCAUCAUAGAGGUUUUCGUUGGGUAAGUAUCCAAUCAUCAAGUUUUGAUAUCCAAACAUUGUAUACUUCCUCAAAAAGUCUACAUUCUAUCCUCUAUUUUUCCAAACUUGGGGCACCACCAUAUUUGAACUUGCAAAAUUUCAAUUUAUUGAGAGUAUUGUACUCAAGUCAUAUCAUCCUCGGGCUAGAGCACAAGUUUUGUAGAAUUGUGUAUCCCAUCCAUUUGAGAUACCUCUCUUCUUCAAUAGUUAGAACUUUCAAUUCAGAACCAUUCAUUACUUGGAAUCUUCAAACACUUAUUGGUGGAAUUUACUCUUUAAUGCAUCCUUUGGACUUUCCCCGGCUAUGUCAUUGUUAUUGUUACUCUUUUACUUGUCCAAAUUGUCCCAAUUUUGUUCAUCAAAACUUGCAGAGUCUUUCAGAGUUGAGGUUUUCUUGGUGCAUAAAAGAAUUAUUUAUAAAUACUCCUUGCCUAAAGAAAGUAGGCAUUGUUAAUAGGGGUGAAAGUACUUUUGAUAGCAUUUCUUGUAUUGGGAACCUUGCCUAUUUACAACAACUUGAGAGCCUCAAAAUUACAGAUGAAGGUGUCUUGUUCAAGCAUCUAAUUAAUAACCAAAUUGCUCUCUUGAAAAACCUUAAGAAGUUGUCAUUUCUCUAUACGAGAUUUCAAUGGGAUCAAAUAAACAUUCUUAGCAGAUUGCCAAGGCUUGAGGUGCUCAAGUUGGGAAGUCUUGCUUGUGAAGGCCAAAGGUGGAGACUAAGAGAAGAGGAAAAAUUUUGCCAGUUAAUAUCUUUGAAGCUUAAUAAAGUUGAUCUUGUGCAUUGGGAAAUAAGUGGUGAUCAUUUUCCAAAUCUUGAGAGUCUGUUCAUAUGUUGGUGUGAUUUGCAAGAGAUCCCGAGCAGCUUUGCAGAAAUUGCAACAUUGAAGUCAAUUGAAUUAAUAGAAUGCCUUCCUUCGGCAGUGGCUUCAGCCAAGCAAAUUCGGGAAGAGCAACAUGACCAAGGAAACUAUAACAUGGUUGUUAUUGAGAAAGAUACGAUACCAACUGUUUCAAAAUUUCAUGACAGGCCACUCCAUCAUCCGUUUGUACGAGAGGUAGCAGUGCGGUUAAAUUAAUGCAGAAUCAGUAACAGUUGGGUAGUGAUGGGAGAAAAUUAGCAUUCUUAGCAAUUAGCAUGUUGCUAUGGCUUGAGGUGCUUAAGUUGAGGGGCAAUCUGCUACGAACAGAACAAAAAGAAAAAGGAAUAUGUAGAGA